UCUCCGGUGCCCCACAUUGUAAAACGCUCCUGUUGUGAACAGCAUCGGUGGAGACAUAUUAAAGAAGCUACUGAACAUAAACUAUUCAUAUAAAGUCUUAAAGUAACGGUUUUGGUUUCUUUCGUUAUACUUCGUAGUUCUGACACCGGGAAGAAAACAUCGAAAAGGGGCUGUCACUAUCCGCUGAGGACAUCCAAGAUUGCAGAAUUUCCUGUGAGAUAUCAAGAGGCAGGCAACGAUGGAAGAUAUUUCAGAUUCAGGCUUCUGGAACGGCAGCGACAGCUUCAUAUACGAUGACUACUUUGAGUAUGCGGACUUUGAGAGGGGUGAGACAGGCUAUGUCCAGAGACAGGCCCUGCACAUCCUCUCUGUGGUCAUCUACAUUGUGGCCUUCGUACUGGGCAUCCUGGGCAACGGGCUGGUCAUCUGGGUGACAGCGUUGAAGACCAAGCGCACGGUGAACAGCGUGUGGCUCCAGAACCUGGCCGUGGCGGACUUCGUCUUCGUGCUCUUCCUGCCCUUCUCCAUAGACUACGUCCUGCGGGACUUCCACUGGCGCUUCGGCCAGGUCAUGUGCAAGCUCAACUCCUUCGUGUCGGUGACCAACAUGUACGCCAGCGUGCUGUUCCUGACCGUGCUCAGCGUGGACCGCUACGUGUCGCUGGUGCACCUGAGCUGGGCGCGGAGGUCCCGCACGGCGGGGCGGGCCUGGGGCGUGUGCGCGCUCGUCUGGGCCGUGGCCGCGACCCUCAGCUGCCCCGCCCUCAUAUUCCGGGAGACCAUCCGCCUGCGCGACGAGGUGGUGUGCUACAACAACUUCCACAGCCCGCACGUGCACUUCGCCCUGGUGGUGGUGCGCACGGUGGUGGGUUUUCUGAUCCCCUUCGCCGCCAUCAGCGUCAGCGGCGUCCUCAUCUGGCUGCGGGUCCGCCGGGCCGGCGCCGGCCGCAUGUCCAGCUUCUCCCGCACGGUACUGGCGGUGGUGCUGGCCUUCUUCCUGUGCUGGGCGCCCUUCCACGCCUUCAGCGUCAUGGAGCUGACCGUGCACUCGUCCCUGCGGCUGCACGUCGUGCUGCACACCGGCUUCCCGCUGGCCACCAGCCUGGCCUUCUUCAACAGCUGCGUGAACCCGCUGCUGUACGUGCUGCUGGGCAGGAAGGCCCGCAGGCUGCUGCAGCGAUCCUGCCUGGACCUCACCAAGCGCUCGCUGCGGGAGCUCAGCCAGUCGGUCUCCGGCACCCAGUCCGUGUCCGCCCCGGGCAGCUGGGCGCAAGAGGAGCUCCCCGCCUACACCUCUGUGUGAACCCGCGGGAGGGCGGAGCAGCGCCACCGUGGACCCUGUGUGUACGUUAUACUGGUGCAACACGCACAUACACUAUCUGCAUGAACAUAUGUACACUUUACAUGCGCACACAUACACAGGUAUAUUCUGCAGACUUAUAGCAGUGUUGGGGUCAAAUCGGAAUUUCGAAGUUCAUUCCAAUUUGGUUGAUUAAUUGAAACAAUGCUUUUUUUUAUAUGGAGGCUGCAGAAAUUACAGGAAGUAGAAAUAAAUUCUGUGACAUUUAAAUAAAUUUGACACGUUGCUAGAACAUGAAAGCCUCAUUCAUUUUGGGAAAUAUUUCAAAAUCAGUUGCCAAAAACAUUUGCCACAUAUCAUAUACCAUUGAAAUACUACCAACCAUUCUAAUACUACUCCAGAAGUAAAAUGCUAUAUCGUUUGUUUUUAUUGAGCUUUUGUAAUCAUGUAUUAUGGGAAAUGUAUUUUUAAAAGUCAAAUGAAUUAUCACAGGCUACAUACAAACUUCUUUAAGUAUUAGCAAGUUUAGCUCAAGCAAAAAUGCGAGCCUCUUUGGUCUCAUAAACCUCAUUUGCUCGGAAUUUUGGGAAGGAACCUCUUCCUGUGGACCACAGUACUGCCAGACUCACUGUUGGUACUAGAGUUUCAGCCACUUCCUGUUCAACACCCCAGCUGGUUCGCAGGCUGAGAUGAGUGCAGUUCACGUGGAAACAGCCGCCUGCCCUCAUAGCCCCUCCAGGAAUUAAUUAGUAUCUUCACUUGAAACAGUAUGAAUGUAGAGGCCUUGUUUAUUUCUCCAGUUCAACAAACAAGAAAUACAAAUGUUAUACCGUGAAAAUUCAUUUGGACAACCUCUAUAAACAAAUCUGUCACUUUACAUUUUGAAGCAAAUAAACAUGUAGCCUAUCCAAACUUGGACUGAACGUUCUUAUGAAUACAAAAAACACAGUCAACGAAAUAAACAGAAAAUCGAGAA